UUUGGAUUGUGAAAUCUUUGGGCAGGUGGCUCUGCCACAGACUUUAUACAUGACCUUGGGCAAGUCAGAUGAUCUCUCUGUGCUUCAGCUCCCAAUAAUCUGCUUGUAGCUCUUUCUCCCGCCCAUGGUCUGCCCUGUGGAUUUAGAGUGUAAGCUCUUCAGAGCUGGAAUUAUCUCUUACCCUGUGUUUGUAAAAUGCCCAGGCACUGUGGCCCUGAUUUCAGUUGGGGUCUUUAUGCACCUCGGGUGCCUUGACCAAGCACCAUUAAUGAGUGUCCUUCGUUACAGCUGUGCUCUCUUCAGUUGGUGGUUGACAUUUCUGUUCUCUCUCUCUCUCUGUUGCUAGUUUUCUUUAAGCUUUUUGGAAAGUUUUACCAGAGAUUUCAUUGCAGAAGUAUUAAUGACCCCUGUGACAAUGGCAGAAAGUGGUGGGCAGGAAAAGGCAAGAUGGAUCACAACAGUUAUCAUGAGUUCAGCUCUCCAGAGUCAUGAAAUUUCAGAAUCUCUACAGAGUCAACACCACAGAGUUCGAUAUUCAGAUUCGGUGGAAAAUGGAUCCAUGAUUUUUUCUCUUUCUGGCAUUGCAUUUCUAUUGGCAGACACACAAGACUUAUUUAAGACAGGAGGAGAACUGUUUUUAGGCAGAACUGAGAAGUUCAUAAACAUUCAUCGGAAUAGUUUUUUGCUUUUGUCAGCUGCCUUGCAUGGACCGAAAGAAUGGGAUUUAAUGUUCAGAAUUCAGAAAAGAUUCCUGGGCAGUAAUUUACGUGUAAUUCCAGUUCAUAACAGUGCUGAAACAGUUAAACUCAUGCUAACUAUAGCAAAGAUCACCUGCAAACCACACAUAGACAACAUUCGCGACAGAAUGCUAAUGGCAAAAGCCCAGAUCGUAGACCAGAGUCCAGUUUGGAAAAUGCUUCACAAGAUCCAGUUGGAUUGUAACUAA